ACAUUAGUUUAUUAGUCUGCAUAUAAAAAAUAAUUUAAAAAUCUUGACCGACUCGACCAAGGCCCGACUACGAUUGGACGGACCUAUGAGCCUUCUUCCUUGUUGACUGGUGCCUUCCUUCCCCCCUUCUUCAAUGAUAAGUUCGGUUAAUAGAACAACACAUAGGCAUUAAUGUGAAAAGAUCCCAUCUUUUCUUUCUCCUCUGUGUUUCGUCAAUCUUUCCCGGAUUUUGCUCCCAAACACACAUCUUCCCCACUCACUACCCAUUCUUUUUCCAUUUGGGCGGCCAACCCUUGUCCCACUCUUGUCCCUCACCAUCGCUAGCACUUGCCCAACCUUGCUGCUCACCCCCCCGACAUCUUUCCUUGACUUUGUCCCAAUUUUGUGCAAUAGUCUGUAUGUAAAAGGACCUCUUCUUUCAUCACUUAACUUGUGCUCCUUCAUAUAAUACCCCCACCCCCAUUCCAGAUUUGCAUCAUCCAUUCAUUCUCAUACUUUAUUGGACAUUCGAAAAGCAGAGACUCCUCCUCUCUCGGAUUCUCAAUCUGGCCGAGAAAUUACACCAGUUCUUUCUGAAAAUUUUCUGGGUUUUGUCUUAAAUCUUGAGUCUUGAAAUUCAAGAUUCUUUCUUUUUUAAGGAAUUGGGGAAAUGGAAGGGUGUGUGGCACAUCAUGAUCAUGAUCUGAACCUCAAAGACACAGAGCUCAGACUUGGGUUGCCUGGCACAGAAGAAUGUGUUAGGGAAUUGGUGUCAGGUGCUAACAAGAACAAGAAGAGAGCUUUACCAGAACCAGCUGAAGAGGAUUGUGAAUCAAGAUCUGAUUGUGAUGCUCACUCCUCAAUACCUGUUUCCAAGGCUCAGAUAGUUGGAUGGCCACCAGUAAGAUCUUACAGGAAGAACAGUGGGCAGCAGCCAAAGAAUGGAGAUGAGGGCUGUGAUAGUGCAAUGUAUGUGAAAGUCAGCAUGGAUGGAGCCCCUUACCUUAGGAAAAUUGAUCUGAAAAUGUAUGAAGGCUAUCCACAAUUGUUAAGAGGUUUGGAGAACAUGUUCACACUCACCAUAGGUGACUACUCUGAGAGAGAAGGCUACAAAGGAUCAGAAUAUGCCCCUGCUUAUGAAGACAAGGAUGGUGAUCUGAUGCUUGUUGGAGAUGUCCCUUGGGAAAUGUUCUUGUCAUCAUGCAAAAGGCUAAGAAUAAUGAAAGGGCAAGAAGCAAGAGGACUGGAUUGUGGACUUUGAGAAAUAUGAAGGCACACUCCAACUAAUCCAAAUCGAGCUAAACUGUGGAUCUGUAGAAAACAGCAUCUCUCUGCAGGGAAGAGAGAAUCUGCUGAAAUGGGUUCUCAUUAAAGAAGCCUUAGUCAUAAUACUUUUUUUGUUUUUGUUUUCAUGUAUAACUACUAGCUGGAAAUCAUGGUGGUAUCAGGACCACUUGGUGUUCUUGUUCUCGAUUUUGUGAAAUGAUAUAGAUAUAUAUACACACACAAACGGUGAGAAGGUUACUUCUGAAGCAAUUGUAUACUGAAACAAGUUUCUUGUUUUACUUUUGUUCAUUAGAUUUUUGUUAUUUCUCCAUUAUGCUUUGUACAAUAUUGUCUCAACCUGAAUAUAUGUUGAUUGAGCAAAAAUGGUUGUGCAUCUUCUAUAUGCCUCUUUUCUCAUUUUGAGAUGCCAAUAAGAUGUCUGUAAAUAUGAA